AUAUCUUAAUACUCUCUCGCAAUGUUCUUAGGGUCCAUUCUUAUCAAAAUGUGAAAAAACGCCCUUAGAGUCAGCACGCAGGGUAUAUGCAAGUCACGGACUUUAUACGUCAACAUAUACGACCUUGAAGCUACGCGUAGAGCUUAUCUUGACGCUCACCAGCGAUACUGUUCGUAACUUCAUACUUCAUUCGAUUUCUGACCGUCACCGCCGCUAGCGCCGCUCACAUGAACUCGACCGCGCGCGCGUGCCGCUUUGUUUACCAUAUAAAACGCCGGGAAUAAUUAACUAUAGUGCAGAGUUCGAACGUAUUUUAAUUUAUAUUUAUAUAUGUAGAAGUUUUCUAAUAAUAAGUGAAAAUGUGUGUUACUGUCAUAUUAUUAGUGGCAUUACUUUCGUUAGUGCUCUUACUCACAAUUUUCCACUAUUCAACAAAGGGAAGGAGGUACUGGUAUUACAAGAAAGUGCCUUACAGAGAACCAUGUCCUAUAUUCGGCAAUUUCGGUGCAACGCUGACGAUGCGUCAAAGUUACACGAAGACACUUCAAUUUUUUUACGAUAAAUAUCGCAACGAGAAAUAUGUUGGCAUUUUUCAAGCAAGAAGGCCGGCUCUAUUGUUAAUUGAUGUAGAUAUUGUAAAAGCAGUGCUAUCGAAUAAUUUUAGCAGUUUCAGUGAUCGCUUAUCCGUUUCGACUGACACCCAGCGGGAGCCACUUUUACGAAACCUGGCUAACAUGAGCGGUUCUGAAUGGCAAGAGAUGCGACGCAUUGUGACACCGACAUUUUCUUCAGCUAAAAUGAAAGCUAUGUUUUCUUUGAUAGCCGACUGUGCAAAUACGCUAAAAACUGUUCUUCUCAAAGAAUCUGAAGAUGAUGUUGAAGUUCCACAACUAAUGUGCCGAUUCACCACUGAUAUUAUAGGCAGCUGUGCAUUUGGAGUCGACCCGGGGUCUUUAAAUAAUAAACAGUCACCGUUUUUAGUAAUGUCCCAAAAAAUGUUCAAAGCCGACCGCGCUACAAUAUUGAAACGGUAUUGUCGUGCAUUUUGUCCACCACUGUUCAGGCUCCUGAAUCUUAGAACAUACUCGUUGAACGUUGAAGUUUUCUUUACUGAUAUCAUCAAUCAAGUGCUAACAGAGCGGCGAGCUACUGGCAACGUGCGAAGUGAUUUCCUGCAGCUCAUGUUAAAUGUGCAGAAGUCAGAAUCAGGAUUUCCUAUGACAGAUGAAUUAAUAACAUCUAAUUCCUUUAUAUUUAUGCUAGCCGGGCUCGAAACAUCUUCGACAACGCUAUCGUUCUCUUUAUACCAAUUAGCCAAAGACGCUGAUCUGCAAAGCAGAUUGAGGGCUGAAAUAAAAGAAUGUUUGGAACGUAAUAAUGGUUUAAACUAUGAAGCUGUAUGUGCAAUGCGAUUAGUAGCCCAAACGUAUUUGGAAACUCUUCGGUUACAUCCUCCGACGCCUUUGACCUCACGCCUGUGCACAGCACCUUGUACACUUCCCGGCACUGAUCUGAAGCUGAAAGCUCGGGAAGCGGUUAUUAUACCUAUUCACUGCAUCCAAAAAGAUGCAGAGCAUUUCCCAGAACCAGAGAAAUUUGAUCCAGAUAGAUUUAAAGACGAUUUGAAUCCAAGGGGAUUUCUUGCCUUCGGAGAUGGACCAAGGAGUUGCCCAGGAGCCCGAUACGCUCAGUUGAUGGUCGUGGCCGGUCUCGCCACUAUAUUAGACAAUUUUAUCGUGGAACCAUGCUCUAGGACCACGCCAACCAUACAGUACGAUACAAGAAGCGUGAUGCUUAAAAACAAAGGAAGCAUUUGGCUUAGAUUUAGGCCUCUAUAAAUGAUUACGUAGUUUAAGCAACUUAUCCUAUUGGUGGUCUCAUUGAUAGUUUGACACUGCUAUGACUGUUUGAAGAUUUUAUUUAUAUCUCCUGUUAUGUUAGUAGCAUCUACGCUUUAGUAUUUCAGUAUUGUAGCCUAUCGAAUGUUUGUUGGAAUAGUGUAAUCUUAUCUCGCAUUUUUCAAAUAAUUGGUUUAGUUUAUGAUUUAAUCAAGUGAUAGUAAUCCAAUGUAAUAUUAAUAAUAGGUUUUAUGUAGAUAUGUAUGUUUAUCGGUUACGUGUUUGUUUUGUUGAAGAUUCUCAUAGAAAUAUAAUACAAUGUAAAUAAUAUAAUGUCAAAUGAACUUUUAAUUGAAUGUGUGUACGUCGAUAUGAUUCUACAUAUAAGUUCACUUAAAACUGAUGUAAUUAUAAUUUUGGGACUGAAAAUGUACCUUAACCAUAUUAAUUUUAGUUACAAAUCUAUGUGUAGAAAUAUUUAUGAUGGUAUUUGCAUACGUUUAAAUUAAUUUACAAAUACGUAUGUCGUAUGAGUAAGUUUGUUGUACCUAUAUGAAAAUUAAAAAGAUAUCACAAAAAUAACUCGCUCAAGUUUCACACUUGAA